ACCGUUUUUAUUAUAAAGCUAUCAAUAUAGCUGUUGUUUCCUAAAACUCUUCAUAACUUGUUUCAAUCAUCAUUUAAUUACAAGUGAACCUUUAUUUUAUUAAAUUAAACAUGUGCUUCUUACAUUCAUCUUUAACCAAAUGUGUAGUGCUAUUAGUGUCGAGAAAGUGUCUCUCUCAUCAAGGAUUCAACACUUGGAUCUAGUUUAACCCGAUUGUUGGUCACAAUUUUCAUUAUAGAGUUUUUACGUUUCAUGUUUCCUUUUUAGUGAAAAGUUGGUAACAAAAACAUGUUUGCUAAUUACAUAAUGGAUAAAGUGCCAUUUAAUUUAAUUAAUAGUGUUUCAUCUUGAGUGAUAACUCAUCUAAAAACUGUUUUUCUCAAAUCAAUUAAGUGAAAUCGAGAGAUAAUUUAAUGAUUAAAAUGGAAAUGGCUUCCACCAAAGUUGGCUAUAAACCAAGCUCAAUAACACCAAAAAAUGUAAUCUACAAAAAUGUGAAAUGUGCUCUAAUAGUCUUUUUGAUUACCAAUUUAACAGUUUUCUGGUUAAACUGUGUAAUCACAACAGUGUCUGCUGAUUACAGUACAAAUAGGCGACCAUCAAAUAGGAUAAUUAGUACAAAAUAUGGAUCACUUCGAGGUGUUUACGUAAACUUGCCACACAAUUUACAGCCCAUCGAAAUGUUUCUAGGUAUUCCAUAUGCAAGUCCACCAGUGGGUAAAUUACGUUUUAUGCCUCCAGUCACACCAGCACCAUGGAAUGGGAUCAAAAACGCUGACAAUUACGGUCCAGUCUGCCCACAGCGUUUACCCAACCUUUCCAAUGAAACUGACGCUCUACUACGAAUGACUAGUUACCGUUUAGCCCAUUUAAAGCGACUUGUGCCAUUGCUGCAAAAUCAAAGUGAAGACUGUUUAUAUCUGAAUAUUUAUCUUCCAGCCAAAGCAUCUCAAUCUAUUACAACACUUUAUCCUGUUAUAAUGUUCAUUCAUGGUGAAUCUUAUGAAUGGAAUUCAGGUUCCGUUUACGAUGGCUCAAUAUUAUCAUCGUUCGGUGAAGUGAUAGUUGUUACAAUCAAUUAUCGCCUCGGAGCUUUAGGAUUUUUUCCAUCUUUGGAUGGGACUUCUAGAGGUAAUUUUGGCCUUAUGGAUCAAGUUGCUGCCCUUCACUGGAUCCAAGAAAAUAUCGGUGAAUUUGGUGGCUCAUCGAGUAAUGUAACUAUUUUUGGCCACGACUAUGGAGCUUCUUUUGUUAACCUUCUUAUGCUUUCACCGAUGGGCAGAGGACUUUUUCAGCGUGCAAUCAUGUCGAGUGGUUCAGCAUUGAGUCCGUUCUCCAUGGCCACGGAUUCCAUCAAGUACAGUAAAAUACUUGCUGAUCGAGUUGGCUGUACAAGUGAUAACAAUAAAAAUACCGUUCUAUUGAACUGCCUGAGAAAAAAGUCUCUUGACGAAAUAAUGUCCGUCUCAUUUGAUGUACCCAAACACUUGACCCUUUUUGGGCCCACAGUUGAUGGUAUUGUUAUACCUGGUGAUCCUUUGACUUUGAUGACUGAUGAAACUUCGCUCUUUGGAUCGUACGAACUAUUGACUGGAGUCACUCGAGUAGAAUAUUUUCAUUCAUUUACCGAUUCAGAUGUUCAUCAAGGUAUCGAACCUUCAAAACGUGAUCGCAUUAUUCGCACUUUGGUUCGUAAUUUGUACGAUUACCAUUUACAGGAAAUCUAUUUAACUAUAUCAAAUGAAUACACGGAUUGGACUCGACCAACAAGCCAUCCAUUAAACAUACUGGACUCUUUAACCGACCUUUUAUCGGACUCAUUGGUGGUUGCACCAUUGAUUAAAGUAGCAACCCUUCACUCACGACGUCCCAAGAAAACCUAUUUUUACAGCUUCUUAUACUCUACUGAAGAGGGUGACUAUCCGUCCAGACUUGGCUGUGUCUCUGGCCAAGAAUUAAAUUACCUAUUUGGUGCUCCGCUCAUCUCCGGCCUCAAACUGUCCCAUUUUUCAUCGUCUUACACUCGCAGUGAAAUUGCCUUGUCCGAAACUUUAAUCACCAAUUGGGUUGCCUUUGCUAAAUAUGGAGAUCCCAACAAUAAAGAUGAUCUUGACAUGUUGAAACCAAAUAACAGUAAUAACAACUAUCAUAAUUAUAGUAAUAUUAACAGGGAAUCACGAAAUAAUAAUAAUCGUAUUGAUAAAAUAACUUGGCCCAUUUAUGAAGAGCAUCAACAACAGUAUUAUGCUUUGACAAUUAAACCUAAAUUACGAGAUCAUUAUCAUGCUCAUCGAAUGUCUUAUUGGUUAAACUUAAUUCCUAAGUUACAUGUUCCUGGAUCAUCAGCCAACCAAGAUCAUCAUUUACUUCAUAAUCAUGGUGAUUUAUCAACAUAUGAUGGUAUCGUCCGUGCCAAUCGUCUUCCAAUCCUUCUCUCACCAUCUUCAUCAACCUCAGCUGUUUCACCAUCAGCCUCAUUAUCCCCUUCUUCAGUAGUAAUUGGUGAAAGUGGUUUACUUUCAUCUUCAUAUCCAAACUCAUCAAUCACUCAUCCCGGGCUUCUUGAUGGAUCCUCACUCGAAGGAGUCUCAUCAUCAUCAUCAUCAUUCAGUGGUGAUCAACGUCCAAGUGCCUUAGAUUCAAACAUAAGUGACAAAAGUUCAAGUCAAUCUUCAAAUUCAAUAGUCAACUUUUUUGGUACCCAUGUAACUUAUACAACAGCCUUAAGUGUUACAAUUGCCAUUGGAUGUUCACUUCUCAUCCUGAACGUUCUCAUUUUUGCUGGCUUUUUUUACACUCGUGAUUUGAUUAAAUCCAAAAAGUCAUCCAACAGCAACAACGACAAAGCUAAACAGAAAUCGGAUGAAGAUGAAAAAUAGAUGGCAAUUAAGCAAAGAAACAGAUCGAUCAACAAUUUCCUAUUAUCCUGAAAGUAAUUUCAUUUGUCCAUCAGAAACAUUGACCGGUAACACUGGAAAUCAAGGAAUGGGUCUAAACAAUGGACCAAAUGAUAUUCAAAUGGAUUCAUCUGGAUCACCAUUACCUGUUCAUCAUUGGAUUAGUUCAAGCCAACAACAGCAACAGCAACAACAAUCAAUUGCUUGUUCCAAUUUUAAAGGUUACCAAUUGCAUCCAUUUACAUCUGAAACUAUUGACAUACUUCAAACAGGUCAUCAUGUAUCAUUAAACAAUUGCACUUAUACGGCAACAAUUAACCCAAGUACAGUUGGAAAUGUGGAGAAAAAUUUAACCAACUUAAUGGACACUUCAUCACUUGUUAUCGAUGAUCACAAAGGAAAAUCAAUACCAAACGAAACUGGCAUCUGACAAUUAAAGAACACACCAGUUUGAUUGAGAAGCAAAAUUGAUAUUUAAAAGAAGCUCAUUCCUCAUCAUCAUCAUCAUCAUCUUCCGACUACAAAUCCACUUUCCAUUGGAAUCAAAAAGGACGAUCAAGAAGAAGAGUUACUUUGCAUUCAUUUGAAUGUUUAGUCUGUAAACAAACGAUUAAUAUGGAAACAAGAAAAUCUUUUUCCUUCUCUCAUUUGCUUUGAAUCUUUCAAUCCCUAAUCAUCAUCAUCUCUAUCAUCUUCAUCCUUCUUUGAUGGAAUUGCAAGUAAAGCCUAAUCAUUAAGUAA